GGCCAAUCAUCAUUCCAGGAUUUCCACUUGGCUUUGGAGCGUUGCCGGCUCGCCUCGUUCGAUCUUUAAAACCAUCUUCUGUCUUGCUUCGACCAUCCUUUCUGUCCUUGUGUCGUCUAUUCAUCUUGCCAGCUUUCAUUUUUUUCUUCCUUCCUUGACCACCUCUACCAAUUGCUUUUUAUACCCCCACCUCAUAGUAGAGACAGACGUGCGAUAGUUUCAAGAUGCCUUCAAGAGUGAUUGUUGUCGGCGGUGGUUUGUCCGGCCUCAGCGCUGCACACACCAUCUACCUCGCUGGAGGCAAUGUUGUUGUUCUUGACAAGCAAGGAUUCUUCGGUGGAAACUCGACAAAGGCCACAUCUGGUAUCAACGGUGCCCUCACGAGGACACAGGUUGAGCACGGCAUUCAGGACAGCGUCAAGCAGUUUUACGACGACACACUAAAGUCGGCUCGCGACAAGGCUCGCCCAGACCUGAUCAAGGUCCUCACAUACAAGUCGGCCGCUGCCGUCGAGUGGCUGCAGGAUGUAUUCAACCUGGACCUGACUUUGGUUUCGCGACUUGGUGGUCACUCCCAGCCCCGUACGCACCGUGGUCACGAUGCCAAGUUCCCUGGUAUGGCCAUCACAUACGCUCUGAUGCAAAGGCUUGAGGAGCUCGCCGAGACCGAGCCGCACAGAGUCGAGAUUGUCAAGAAGGCGCGGGUCACCAACUUGAACAAGGAGGGUAACAAGGUCACCGGUGUUACAUAUGAGCACGAUGGCCAGAAGCACACUAUGGACGGCCCCGUCGUCCUUGCUACCGGUGGCUACGCCGCUGACUUCUCAGAGACCUCGCUCCUGAAGAAGCACAGGCCCGACACCUACGGCCUGGCUACCACCAACGGCUCGCACGCCACUGGCGACGGCCAGAAGAUGGUCAUGGCCAUUGGCGGUAACGGUAUUGACAUGGACAAGGUUCAGGUCCACCCAACGGGUCUGGUUGACCCCAAGGACCCCGGCUCCAAGUGGAAGUUCUUGGCUGCCGAGGCCCUGCGCGGUGAGGGUGGUCUGCUCCUCAACGCCGACGGCGACCGGUUCUGCGACGAGCUUGGCCACCGUGAUUACGUCUCGGGCAUGAUGUGGAAGGAGAAGGACAAGGGCAAGUUCCCUAUUCGUCUGAUCCUGAACUCCAAGGCUUCCAACACACUGGACUUCCACACUCGCCACUACUCCGGUCGUGGUCUGAUGAAGAAGAUGACCGGUCAACAACUGGCCAAGGAGAUUGGAUGCACGCCCGAGCACCUGCAGAAGACCUUCACCACCUACAACGCCAUCGCUGAGGGCAAGCAGAAGGAUCCAUGGGGCAAGAAGUUCUUCCACAACCUGCCCCUCGACAUCAACGAUGACUUCCACGUCUCGCUGAUGGAGCCUGUCCUGCACUUCACCAUGGGUGGAGUCGAGAUCAACGACAAGUCUGAGGUUCUCGGCCAGGACAAGAAGCCCAUUGAGGGUCUGUAUGCCUGCGGUGAGCUGGCUGGAGGUGUCCACGGUGCUAACCGUCUUGGAGGCUCUUCGCUUCUUGGCUGUGUCGUCUACGGUCGCGUUGCUGGUGACACUGCCAGCAACUACCUGUUCCGCCAGGCCCUUAGCGGAGGUGCAGGCGCCGCCCAGCGUCUCGGCCAGAUCUCGCUACACAUUGACCCGACGCAGCCCGGCAAGGUCUCCGUCGAGUGGGGCAGCGGAGCUGGAGCUGCAGCAGCAUCCACUCAGUCCGGUGCCGGCAACGUCGCUGCCACUCAGGCUGAGUCGGCCAAGCCCAACAACCCCAAGGAGUUCAAGAUCCCCGAGAAGGAGUUCACCAUGGAGGAGGUUGCCAAGCACAACAAGAAGGACGACCUGUGGGUUGUCGUCAAGGGUGUCGUUAUGGACCUCAGCGACUGGCUUGAGGAGCACCCCGGCGGCCCCCAGGCUAUUAUGAACUUUAUGGGUCGUGACGCAACAGAGGAGUUUGAGAUGUUGCAUGACGACGAGGUUAUCCCCAAGUAUGCACCAUCGCAGGUUAUUGGAAGGGUCAAGGGUGUCAAGCCGACAUUGGAGAUCUAAGUUUUUAAACUUUUCCCCCUCAUUUUACCUGUUUACUUACGAUGAUGUGUAUUGAUAUAAGACUUUGUGCAUUUUACGUUGACUAGAAAAGUGUACCCGGUCUGAGCCGAUGAUUUGGAUAGCUACCUAAACAAUCUUAAAAUAACCAUAUUCUUCUUUUUUA